CCACCACAGGUUUUCUGGAAUGAAAUCUUUUUGCUUUUUGGGGGCCAGCAAGGUUGGUCAUGAUUUAAAAGCUAGGAGGUUGCACUUGAUUUUCUAAGACUUUAUUGAAAGACAUGGAACCUGGAUUUCUGAACAAGGGAAGAGGAGAUAGAGGCUCUAGUUACGCCCUCUGCUCCUGGCUGCGUCCCCAUGCCCGGAGCAGAGCAGUGAGGAGGUUGGAGACAGCCUUGGAUUCCGAGACGGCAGCUUUGGCCCCUCUGAGCCUCAGCUCCCCGCCUGCCAAAUAGGGAUAAUGAAGCCUUGCCUGACAGGAUGUUGGGAAACAAAGGAGAUGACUGACGGCGGAGUGCUUCAUGGAGAGAAGGCCAAGCGCAGUGAUGUGUGACAGGAAUGGCGGACGGCGGCUUCGGCAGUGGCUGAUUGAGCAAAUUGAUAGCAACAUGUACCCGGGGCUGAUCUGGGAAAACGAGGAGAAGAGCAUGUUCCGGAUCCCCUGGAAGCACGCUGGCAAGCAGGACUACAACCAGGAGGUGGACGCCUCCAUCUUCAAGGCCUGGGCUGUUUUUAAAGGGAAGUUUAAAGAAGGGGACAAAGCUGAGCCAGCCACUUGGAAGACGAGGUUACGCUGUGCGUUGAACAAGAGCCCAGACUUUGAGGAGGUGACAGACCGGUCCCAGCUGGACAUUUCCGAGCCCUACAAAGUUUACAGAAUCGUCCCGGAGGAAGAGCAAAAAUGCAAACUGGGCAUUGCGCCCCCCAGCUGUGUGAGUGACAUGGCGGAAAUGGAGUGUGGCCGUGCGGAGGUGGAGGAGAUGAUGAGAGAGCCUCCUGUGGAUGACUACAUGGGCAUGAUCAAGCGGAGCCCGUCCCCUCCGGAGGCCUGCAGGAGCCAGCUGCUCCCGGACUGGUGGGUGCCGCAGCCUAGCGCAGGCUUGCCACUGGUGACCGGGUACCCCACCUAUGACCCGCACCAUGCAGCCUUCUCCCAGAUGGUGAUUGGCUUCUACUACGGGGGCAAGCUGGUGGGCCAGACUACUACCACCUGCCCCCAGGGUUGUCGCCUGGCCCUGGGCCCGCCGGGGCUGCCCAGCACCAAGCUGUAUGGGCCCGAGGGCCUGGAGCUGGUCCGCUUCCCGCCGGCUGACACCAUCCCCAGCGAGCGGCAGAGGCAGGUGACUCGGAAGCUGUUUGGGCACCUGGAGCGGGGGCUGCUCCUGCACAGCAGCCGCCAGGGCGUGUUCGUGAAGCGGCUGUGCCAGGGCCGUGUGUUCUGCAGUGGCAAUGCUGUGGUGCGCAAGGGCAGGCCCAACAAGCUGGAGCGCGACGAGUUGGUCCAGGUCUUUGACACCAGCCAGUUCUUCCGAGAGCUGCAGCAGUUCUACGUUAGCCAGAACCGCCUACCUGACAGCAGGGUGGUGCUGUGCUUCGGGGAGGAGUUUCCAGACAUGGUGCCCUUGCGCUCCAAGCUCAUCCUGGUGCAGGUGGAGCAGCUGUACGUCAGGCAGCUGGUGGAGGACUCUGCGAAAAGCUGCGCCCCCGGCUCUGUGCUGCCGGCGCCCGAGGAGCCCCAGCUGGACCAGGCCUUCCGGAUGUUUCCUGAGAUUUGUGCCUCACAACAGAGACCCUUUUUCAGAGAAAACCAGCAGAUCACUGUCUAGGCGGCUUCUCUCCCCGGUGCCUCGUCCUGCCGGUGACUUACCAGCUACAGUGACAAUGGCAGAACUCGGUGCCCCGUCUGGGUGGGCCGUUGGCUGUGAGGCUGAGGAGCCGUGCGGGCACACGCAGUUGGCCAGCGUCCUGUUCCCUCAGGAGGUGGGAACUUUAGCGCAGUGGCCUGGGUCCUGUAAAUGUGAUCCGAGGUUAAAAAUUAUAUUUUCUGCAUUUUUCAUUAAUUAUUCUUAGUUGCUAUGAUUCAUUCUGCAUUUGGGGUAAAGUGAGUUUUCCCAAAACUUGUCAUUCCUUAUGACAGAGCCUUCGAGUUAAGGGAUGUGGAGUGUAGAAUGAACUUGUGAGAGGCUUUGGCUGUCUGCACGUCUCAUGAAGGACAUAGAUGGGUGGUGCCCCAUGCUCCGGUCUGUGUGGACAGAGGGUCUCCUUACUUUUAAGCCCUGUAAUAAGAUUUCUCAGUAUUUAGCUGCAAGCUCCUAGGAAGGGAUGAAAGCUGAAACCUGUUCUUCUCAGGAGCGCGCCGCCCCUGCCCGCGUGUCGGCGCCUUCAGACGUCUGGGAUUCAGCUAAGCAGACUUUUCCUUUGGGCUUCGAUUACUUGGAAGCUGAGAGCUAAAUUCAUUACUUUUAUUUUUGUAAUUAAAUCAUUCCGGAUUCCUUUUUCUUUUCUUUCUAGAGGUUUUUGACUUGUUUUUAAAAUAGUUGUACUUUUAAUUAUGUUACAUGCUGUAUUAUAAGCUGCUUGGAAUCUUUUUUACUUUAAAGUGAGGGGCGUGCAAACAAGUGUAGCAAGUGCCUGUGAUUAUGGAGUGUUUUACACGUGCUCAGCCCACUCUGUGCUCUGCUGCCCGGCGAGUGCCCUGUGGCUGGCCUCUCAGCUGGGGUGUCCUGGGGGAGGUGGCAGGGGCUGUCAGCUCCUCCCUGCCACUCUGCGGGGCUCCCCAGCCCACCCUUGCUCCGGCCAGUGGUGGCGGUGGAGAAGCCGGCGGAACCCCUCAGCUCUGGCCCUGCUCAACUGGCGAAUGAGAUGUGCGUCCUGCCAGGAGCUGAGCACAGGCCGGGGGCCGAAGGCCUGGUGGCUUGGCUGAGUGGCCAGCGCCGUUCAUGCCCGUCACCCUUCUGACCCUGUAGCUAGUGUGUCUCCAAGACUGCAUCCAACAAACACAGGAUUAGAGGAUACAAGAACAUGUUGUCAAGGAGCGGCUUGUGUUUUGCCAGCUCCGGCCUCCGCCUGGGUGUCCUGUGGACCCGCGGGCACCAGCACACUGAGCUGCGUGGACGGUGGGGGCUGCGUGUUGUUGCACAUGUGAGACUCGGGGGCGCAGAGUGGCUGGGGCACUGUGGGUACAGGUGCCAGGCAGGCCUGGGCUGUGGGGAGGGUCCCCUGCACUCUCCGGGGACAGGGUCAGGAUCCCUUCUCCUGUGUGACCCCACCAGGUGCCCCUAGAGUCACCAGGGCUCGGGAGACAGCCUGGGUGGGGGCUGCCUCAAAAUCUGACAAGGUAGAGCUCGCUGGGGGCAGCCCCCACCCGCUGGAGGGGAGCACUGCCGGGGAGCACUGCCGGGAGCACUUCCGGGAGCACUACCGGCACAGGUGUGUGCUGAGGUGUAUGCGAGGUAACAGACAUUCCGCUCCCCGCUCCAGUGUGAAAGCACGUCUUUAAUAUGCAGAGUGUAUAUUUAUUUUUGUAUUGUGUAAAAACUAUAUUGAUCUUUCUUUAUUGAAAUAAAUGCUCUUUUAUAAAGCU